CUUGUGAAUCACAUGAUAAGUAAAAGAGGAAGUGCGUUCAGUUCACUCACACGGGAAGGUCGACCUCUUGAUUCUGUCUCUGGAUGAUCGUUAGGUCUCAUCAUGAUCACACCGAACCGUGAAUCAUGACUCGGUGUAGAAUCGUCUCCGUGGUUUUUACGCUGUGGUGUUUGUGUGACUCGGUUUUCGGCGGCUCUUUACUUCAGCACACCUCAGUCAGUCUGGACGGUAAAUGGAUCGUAUCGAACUCUAACGGUUCACUGACUUUCACCGCUGAAGUUCCCGGCUGUGUUCACACUGACCUGUACAGACACGGGCUCAUACAGGAUCCAUACUUCAGGUUCAAUGAUUUGUCUCAUGGGUGGAUUUCUCUGGACAACUGGACGUACACAACAACCCUCAGCGUGACGUCAGAGUUCAGAACCAAGCAGGAAGUCCUCCUGGUCUUUGACGGCGUGGACACCGUCUCAUCGGUUUGGCUCAAUGGGGUCAAUGUGGGCGACACGGACAACAUGUUUCGCAGAUAUGGUUUUUCUGUCAAAGACCAUCUGAAGGAUGGAGACAAUGUCCUGAAAGUCAGUUUCCUGUCUCCUGUCCUUUACGCUGCUGAGCGCAGGAGACAUUCUUCCUACAGAGUUCCUCCUGAAUGUCCUCCAGAUGUUCAGAAGGGAGUUUGUCACGUGAACUUCAUCAGGAAAGCUCAGUGCUCCUUCAGCUGGGACUGGGGGCCUUCGUUUCCCACCAUGGGGCUGUGGAAAGAGGUCCGACUGGAGGCCUUCGAUGUCCUGCAGCUCCUCCAGGUUUCAGCUGUGCCUUCAUACAAUUCCAGUCUCUCUCAGUGGAGCGUUCAGGUGGAGCUCUUUGUCGACGCAGUUCAGUUAACAAAUUGUCAAAUUACGGUCUCGGUGCCGGAGCUGGACUCGGAGCAGACAUUUCACACACAGUUUGUCCCUGGAAAGACCAAAAACGUGUUUGUCUUAAACAUAGAAAAGAGCGACCAGGUGAAGCUGUGGUGGCCUCACACUCAUGGACGUCAACCUUUUUACGUGCUGUCAGUCAGAGGGCUUCAGGACAAACUUCUCCUCCUGGACACACGGUCAAAGGUUUAUUUCCGUACAGUGGAACUGGUCCAGGAGCCGAUCCCCGGCUCUCCAGGUCUCAGCUUUUAUUUCCGUAUCAACAACAAACCAAUUUUCCUCAAAGGCUCCAACUGGAUCCCGGCUCACUCCUUCCAGAACCAGGUCUCUCCUGCUCUUGUGAGGAACCUGCUGCAGUCGGCAGUGGACGUGAACAUGAACGCACUGAGGGUGUGGGGAGGUGGAGUUUAUGAGCAGGACCUGUUCUACAGCGUCUGUGAUGAACUGGGGAUCAUGAUCUGGCAGGACUUCAUGUUUGCCUGUGCCAUGUACCCAACGGAGGAGGACUUCAUAGAGACAGUGAGAGAAGAAGUGGUUCAGCAGGUUACUCGUCUCAAGUCUCACCCUUCCAUAAUCAUCUGGAGUGGAAACAAUGAAAACGAAGCAGCUCUGGCCACGGACUGGUUUGAUAUCCCGGUCUCUGAGAGGCCCGUUUACCUCAAAGACUAUGUGACGCUGUAUGUGAACAACAUCAGGAAGAUCGUUCAGAUGGAGGACCAGAGUCGUCCCUUUCUGGUCUCCAGUCCCACCAAUGGGGCGGAGUCAGAGCAGGAAGGAUGGGUGGCAGCAGAUCCUUACGACACUCACUACGGAGACACUCACUUCUACAGCUACCUCUCCGACUGCUGGGACUGGACCACGUUCCCUCGAACACGCUUUGCCUCUGAGUACGGCUUCCAGUCCUGGCCGUCCUUCUCCACUCUGCAGCCCGUGUCGGUAGCGGACGACUGGAGCUACAACAGUGACUUUGUUUCCCACCGUCAGCAUCAUCAGGACGGGAACCAGCAGAUGUUAGAACAAGCUGCGUUACACUUUCACCUGCCGAACUCCACUGAUCCACUGAAGAGAUUCACAGACACCAUCUACAUCACACAGGUGAUGCAGGCUCAGUGUAUAAAAACACAGACUGAAUUCUAUCGACGCAGUCAGACCGAGAUCAUUGAGGGCAAAGGUCAAACCAUGGGAGCUCUGUACUGGCAGCUGAAUGACAUCUGGCAGGCCCCCUCCUGGUCAUCCAUCGAGUUUGGUGGAAAGUGGAAAAUGCUUCAUUACUUUGCUCAGAACUUCUUCGCUGCCGUCCUUCCUGUUGCGUUUGAAGCUGCAGACACACUGUGGGUCUAUGCUGUCUCAGACCUGAGUCAGGACCUGAAGCUCACAGCUGUGGUGGCAGUUUACUCCUGGGCUCAGUUCGAUCCUGUUUGCUCACUAAAGUCAGAUGCACUCCUGGUCCCUGGGGGCAGCGCUGUGGUCAUUUUCAAACAGCCUGUCGCCGCCCUGCUGGCAGGAUGUGGAGGCUGCACCAGGGCCACAUGCUUCCUGACAUUCCACCUGGAGGACAGUAGUGGGCAGCAGGGUCCCACUAACCACCACUUCCUCUGCUCCCCCAAAGACGCUGCAGGACUCCAGAGACCAAACAUCACAGCUAAGGUGCAGCAGAGCGACGCCUCCAUCACCGUCAGCCUCCACACUGACUCCGUGGCUCCCUUUGUUUGGCUCGACGUUGGAAACAUCCCCGGACGGUUCAGCUGCAACGGUUUCUUGAUGGUUUCUAGAAACAUGACAGUCAGGUUUGAAGCGUGGCGUCCGACCAGCGCCACAGAAGUGUCCAAAUCACUGACGGUCUUGUCUUUAACUGACGUUUACUGAAAACAGGAAUAA